GGUAACAGCCUGUCACAUCCCUGGGAUCUGUAGGAGGGAUCUCUGAGGCCGCCGAGCCGGCUGCAUGAGAGCGCCCCGGAGGAGAUGCCGGCGGGCAUGGCUCGGGGACUGGAGGAAAGCGGCUCGUCCUCGGAGGAGGAGGAAGAGGAGGAAGAUGCUGGAGACGAGCUGCAGGAUCAUCCGUGCAUCAGGUGGACUGGUGGCGGCUGCAGGCGGAUCCCCAUCUUCGUGUUUCAUGCUGAUGCCAUUCUGACAAACGACAGCUACCUCCGCCUGAUUGGAGAACGUUAUCACUUGUCCUAUAAGAUUGUACGAACGGACAGCCGCCUGGUCCGAAGCAUACUGACUGCACAUGGAUUCCAUGAGGUACACCCUAAUAGCAGCGAUUAUAAUCUCAUGUGGACAGGAUCACACUUGAAGCCCUACCUGCUGCGUUCCCUUACAGAUAUUCAGAAAGUGAAUCAUUUUCCCAGGUCAUAUGAACUGACACGAAAGGACAGACUUUACAAGAAUGUCAGUCGUAUGCAGCUGUCCCAUGGAUUCAAGACGUUCCAUAUCUUACCUCAGACCUUUAUUCUCCCAGCAGAGUACCAGGAGUUCUGCAGUACCUAUUCUAAAGACAGAGGCCCAUGGAUAGUGAAGCCUGUAGCCUCUUCCAGGGGUCGAGGUGUCUACCUGAUAAACAAUCCAAAUCAGAUUGUAUUGGAAGACAACAUCCUGGUUUCUCGUUACAUCAGCAACCCCCUGCUCAUAGAUGUAUUUCAAAUUUUGAAUGUGCGCCUGUAUGUUCUGGUUACAUCCUAUGAUCCACUUGUCAUCUAUCUCUAUGAGGNNNCUCUUUUCAGGUUUGCAACUGUGAGGUAUGACCAGACAUCUAAGAACAUUAAAAACCAAUUUAUGCAUCUGACCAACUACAGUGUCAACAAGAAGAGUGGAGAUUAUGUCAGCUGUGAUGAUCCUGAAGUGGAAGAUUAUGGAAAUAAGUGGAGCAUGAGCGCAAUGCUGAGGUACUUAAAACAAGAGGGGAGAGACACUGCAGCACUGAUGGCCAGUGUGGAAGACCUGAUUAUCAAGACUGUAGUUUCUGCCGAGCUGGCCAUUGCUACAGCUUGUAAAACUUUUCUUUCACAUCGUGGCAGCUGCUUUGAGCUGUAUGGCUUUGAUGUCCUUAUUGAUGAUACUCUCAAGCCCUGGCUGUUGGAAGUGAACCUAUCCCCAUCACUGGCCUGUGAUGCACCUUUGGACCUCAAGAUCAAAGCAAGCAUGCUCUCAGAUAUGUUCACCCUUGUAGGCUUUGUAUGUCAAGAUCCAGGCCAGCGGUCAAGCCGGACUGUUUAUCAUUCAUCUGAGUCUGUCAGGAGAAAUCCAUACCAGAAGCUGCAGCGUCCUGUGUCUGCACAGUCCCAGCCAACAAACACCAGACUGCGUACCCGUCCUCUUUCUGCCAGUGAUGCUGAAAUGAAAAACUUCAUGUCCUCAGGGAGGGAAAAAGCAACAGGAAGGCAAGGAAGCUCUGUGCUAGGUCUCUCCAUGGAAGAGAUAAAAGUUCUUCGUAGAGUGAGAGAUGAGAAUGAACGGAGAGGAGGUUUCAUCCGCAUAUUCCCUACCCCGUUAACAUGGGACCUUUAUGGAUCCUUUUUAGAGUACAAGACAUCAAUGAACUACAUGCUGGCUACACGUCUGUUUCAAGACAGGGACAAGAUGAAAGGAGACUUUUUCACUGGACGAUCUCGAGAAGAUCUUAAUGGGAGGCUGGAUAUGAAUCUGGAAGCUGUAGACUCUCAUUCUCUCUUUUAUGAGAGAAAGCUUGUUUCACUGGAGUUAAGGAAGCACCGGCGAUGUCGUACCAAAGCUAGAGCAGCACAAACAAGGUUAUCAGGGACAUCACAACCAACAAAGCUGUCCCUCACGGACACAGAAGGUGAAGAGGAAGAGGGGGCGGCAGGUGAAGAUGAAGAACAAGGUGGAACUCUUGGCUCCCUUUCGAACAGCCAGUUGAAAAGCAAGCCAAAGCUCUCAGACCCAGAGAAAACCUCUAGUAAGGAGAGGUUGACAGAAAAACUUGACAAGAAAACAAGAAAUGAAGGAGGGCCAUUUCUUGAAAAGACAGACUCAAAGUCUCAGUUUAACUUGCUGCAGAUUCUUAAGAAAAAUGGAAAUCUAAGCAAAGUGCAGGCUCGUAGGGCUUUCUCUGCCUAUCUACAGCAUGUUCAGCUGCGAUUGAUGAAGGAUGCUGGUGACCAGUUCCAGAAUGCUGCCUGGGCUGCAAAAGAGGAUGAGCAAAUGGAGCUCGUGGUACACUUUCUGAAGCGAGCUGCCAGCAAUCUUCAGAAGUCCUUGAGGAUGCUGCUUCCCAGCCGUCAUUUAGGACUAAAUGAUCGUCGUCGUAUCCUGGCUCACCAGUUGGGCGAGUUCAUAAUCUGUUAUAACAAGGAAACAGAACAGAUGGUUCAGAAGCGAUCAAAAAAGAAACAGGAAGAAGAAGAGGAGGGAGUGAAUCCUGAAGGUUUUCAGAACUUUAUUACCAGAGCAAGUGAGAGAGACUUGGAGGAAGUGCUGACAUUUUACACACAGAAAAAUAAGUCAGCCAGUGUCUUCCUAGGAACAAACUCCGGCACCACAAAACCGAAGAACACCAGUAACCAGUCAGAGAAUCAGCCUCAGGGAGACCACCCUGAGGUGAUGAAAAAAAUAAAAGGUGAUCAACCCAAAGGUUCAGUUGCAGAUCUGCCUGUAGAAGGAAGAGUAAGAGACUGUAAACCCAAAGAAGUGAAAUCAACCUAUCCAGAAAGAUCCACCUUCUCAUUAAAUGCUGAAGUGAAAUUACCUCGGUGCUGCCCUCCUAGUGCUGCUUCCUCUGCUUCUGGUGCCACGUUCCGGAGAAGUACCAGUUCCCAGUUAUCAUCUCAACCUGCAGCCUCUGGAAAUCCACAGGUGCCUGGUCGCUGUUCAUUGCCGACUCCUCCAAGUGGUCUAAAGCUAAUUCAUUCCUCAUCUUCCCUACCUUCUUCCCAGAGCCAGAGCACAGCCACUGACUGCUCUUCUGUCUUCGCAAACCCAAUGUCCAGUGAGGCUUCUAGCCUUUCAGGGUUACAUCGUUGUUCUGGUAGCUACACCAUUGGCCCACUCUCGUCUUUUCAGAGAGCUGCUCAGAUCUAUAGCCAAAGAUUGUCCCGAUCAACCUCUGCAAGAGCAGGUUUGCGCCACCGCAGUCCAAGUGGGCAGCGUGUGAGCUCUGUCAUGAUGAACAAAGGUACAGAAGAUGCUCCUUCCCUGGGCAAACGUUACAGCCCCAGUAUGGUAGCAGCAGAACUGCAGCAGCUGGCAGAAAAACACGCAGCUUGUCAGUAUUCCCCACCAAGCCACAUCAGCCUCCUUACACAGCAGUUAACAAGCUUGAACUUAGCAAGUGGAGCUGUAGGCAAGGGGAACGCAACUGUGCCCCCAGGCUACCGAUCAGCGCUCAACAGAAAAGGGCCAUUGUGGGCUGUUCAGUCAGACACUCUUACAGAUGACAGAAGAUGCAUCUCUUCAGCAGUCAGGGCUCCAGAGAGUGAUCGUUUUGCCUGGGAGGGGGAGGUGGAGAACAGUGUCUACAGCAGAGUGACACGGAGUCCACUGGCACAUCCCAACUAUCAGCUGAAUUUAGCUGUGCAGCAACUUCAGCAGCAAAAGCUUCAGUCACGACAGCUAUUGGAGCAAAGCCAAACCCGACACCAGGCUCUCUUUGCCAGCUACUCACAAUCCAGCACCAGCCAUGUACCUAUGUCACCUGGCUCUGGUGCCCACAAGACAUCAAGUGCCACUUCUAGUAUCCAGAAGGCAGCCAGUUUGCACAAAGUGAUGCCAUCCCAGUGUACGCCUUCUCAGCUGGUUCCAAAGCCUCCAGCAAACCACAGACAGGCAGUGGUCAGAAAAACUGCAGCCCAGAGGAUUUCCAAGGUGACCUCCGUUGAAAGGCAGCUUAACGGAUUCCAGAACAGCCUUCGCAGUGCUGCAUCCUGUGAACCGGGGUCAAAUUCCACAGCUUCUGCUUGCAGAAAAGGACUAGCAUUGAACACCAUGAGGACUCCAGAGUCUUGCUUCCAAGUAUGGGGCAAAAGAAAGAAUCAGCAAUGACUUCAGACCACCACACUCCUAUAACAUCCAGGGCAGGGUGAACAGGAGUCCCUGCUGAGAGGGCAAGCUACGGAGGAGAGUAUCUGAACAUCUGUGGAAGCUGGAGAUGCAGCUGUAAGCUGAUGACUGCCUCUGAGAACUUCUGCUGCUGAGUCCAGGGGUCUCUUCCAACUCUUCCUGAUCACUAACUGUGAGAUAUUUUUAUAACACAGAGGUUCUCCACCUGUCUGUAUGGUUUCUCCCCAAGGUCCAAGUUUGAAUGUAAAGAUUCCUCAUUUGCGCAGCCAUUUCAGUCUGUCUUGGUCUGGUAACAGCCAGUAUUCUUUGCUGUCAUCACAGCAGUCGGCAGCAGAGAAAAGUAUUAGACCAUAUGAGUAGAAACAUUCUUAUAGUUCCCAUCUUGAAUUUUGGCAUAGAGCUAUGGAAUUGCUCAGUUUGAAUAAAGUAAUUUCAUUUGUUUGUUUUGAUUAUAAUUUCAGUUAUUAAUUCACACCCCCAAAAUAUUUGCUCUUAGAUGGGAUUUUAAAUCUGUCUUUGUUUCACUGUUGGAUGCUUAUAUUUCUAUGGUUUAUUUUUGUAUUUUGAUUUCUUUUUGUUUAGGCUAUAUAAACUUCUUUAAUUGGCUGAUUGUUUCAGACCCAAGGUUGAACUCUGAGGCCCAGGUGGCUCCUAUCAGUUGCAAUAGUGGCUUGGUGAAGCACUUCAGUUAGAAUUUUCCUAAUGUUACGAAAAUUAAUUUGCUUGUGUUGGAAAACAACAUCAGCAGCUGGAAAACAUACUGGAGAGAAGAUCCACCCUUGCUUAAAACGAACAUGAAGCAGCUUCAGCUCUGGCUCUUCGCUGAUGCCAGGCUAAAGGAAAACUUGCCUGUUUUCAUGGUAUUUUCCAGCUUUUCCCUUGCAAGCAGUAUGAUUGUGGUUCCCAAAGAGUACAGCAUUUCCUGUUGUUUGCAUCAGAGCCCUCAGAGGUUGCAUUUUAUGAGCCCGUUUGAUCUGUUUUCUUAUUACACAGCUCCCUUGUCAUUUCUACGCUGUAUAAUCAGUGUUAAGAGAUCAUUCUUGUAUGUUGACAAAUUAGAUAAUGAUCAAUCCAAAAGACUGACAGAAACAGUGUCAGAGAGGAGAAGUGUUUUCUCUUGGAAGAUUGUGUUCAUGUUCACUCUUGUGUUGCGCAUACUUCUUGUCAUUCAAGACCAGAUAAAUUGUAAAAAGAUUAAAUAAUUAUUUUCAUUGCCCACUAGCUUAACUAUCAUGCUCCAGGCACGAACUCAUAGGAAAGAACAUGCAUUUUUCUAUUUCUGUUCCACUCAUGCAUGUGACAGAGAUCAAAUACUUAAUUUAUCCAAAAUCUUACUUCAUGGCUUAUGUUUCAGUUCCUAGGCAAUCAUGAUUCUGUUUGCUUUCCUUGCAUCUUUCAUCUGUGUUCUUCAAGUAUCACUGCAUUAUUUGUCCACUGCUUUUUCCACUAUCCUCAGUGACCAGGAGUUUUGAAAAAUCUUGUGAUGUUACUUUCAGAUGAAGUCUGUUCUGUACUCUUCCAAUUACACUCAGGGAUCUCUGAGAUAGAUGUUUCUAAUGUUCUAAUGUGUGUUACAUUAUUGAUUCAUCAUCAGUGAAAAUUCAGUUGCAGAAUUUCUUACUUCAAACUACUGCAUCCAAGCUGCUUCAAAAUCUUGGGUCUGUCUUCUGAUAGUCUACUCUGCCACAUUUGAUGUUGGCUGUAGCCUCCAGCUCUGUUUGACAUCUUGUCUCUAAGAUUUUUAAAAUGUCCUGAGAAAUGCAUGUUGCAGAAGGAGAUCUUCCUUUGGAAGGGACUGGUUUUGUCAGUUUUAGAAGCUGUGAAGUCUUACAUCCUUUGUUCUUGAAUUUUUUUUCUUCUGCUUCUAACAAAUAACAAAUCCUGAGAUAUCAAGACUUGUCCUUUAUUUUGAGACAAACACUUAGAUUUUGAACUCCUCUUCAGCCUCUGGAUAUGUUAGGGCAGCCAGAGCACCAAAGGAAAUGUCAUUGUUACUUUGCUUUGUGCAUCUGCUGAUCCCAGCUCUAAGUGCUACUGCUGUUACCUGAGGAGCAUGUGCGAUAAUACAGCAGAGAAUCAGGAACAGAUCCUACAGUUCUAGCUUCUUACUUUCUCUACUUCCAUGUGACCUUCAGCUUUGAGUCCUUCUGUGUGUUGGUGCACGCUGGAUGCUGUGGGCCAAACGUAACAUCUUUAAUUUGUCUCUUUGCAGGUCUGCUAUUUUUGUGUCUGUCAAAAACCUCUCUUAAAGUGCUUCAGUUAAGAAAUUCAGUAGAGCAGCAUGAAACUGUUUUUUUAGCAUCUUGGAGUGAGUGCGUUUUCCAGAAAGUGUUUUCUUGUACAAGAAAGGAAAGGAAAAUGGCAAAGCAUUUUGGAUUUAUAGUAGUUGAACAUGAGGGGAGUACAAUUGUAUGUAUACUCCUCACAUGGAGCUUACUUUGUCUUUCUUUGCUUUUAUGACAUUAACUUUCCUGUGCUCACCAAUGAGUUUCAUUGAAAGUGCUCUUGUUUACUGUUAGAAAAUUGCCAUUAGAAAGCCCACAGUAAUCAUUCAGCAACUCGUUCAGUGGUGAGACCGGAUGAUGUUACCACGGGAUCCUCUUCUCUCCUACUAGGUGUUGUUUGCAUCAAUUCUAAGUUAAGGAGUCUGUUUGGUGACAAACAGUCUUUCUUGUUUGUUUUGAACAGGUGCACGCCAGAGUCCUGAAGGGUGAGGUAAUACAGAGUUUAUACAGACAUUUUGUGCUGUGUUCAGGUGAUGAGCACACUACAACAUUAAGAGAGAGAUGUGAGAUUCCUUCCAAGAAACAUCUGACCUAAGGUUUGCUUAAUUAAACUUCCAAGGACUUUUUCCCUUUCAUUCCUACAUUUCCUUCUCAUUGUAAUCCUGGGCUUACUGUUUGAACCUGUAUGGGUUAUUUGGUGCUAUUUAGUUGGAUUUAUUUUUUAUUUUUUAUUUUUUCCCAGUAACUGGCUGAUUGAUCCUGUUCAUACAGAAUGGCAGACGCCAUUCCUGUGAAUCUGUCAUGUGUUCUUCCAAAAAGAAAUUUCUGAGCUUUCUUUAAACGUGGGACUUGACCUGUUUUUCUUCUUUCUAGAACCUCAUGUUUCUAGAGCUAAGACAUUCUUGCUUAUGCUAAAUAUCAAAAGGAUCUAAUUUCUACAGAAUUGGGUCUUCCAGACAGCCCUUGAGAUUGGUUAUAACAAGAACACAAAACUUAGUGUUCAUAGUUUUACUAAUGCAGAAACUCUUAAACUGGAAAACAGAUGAGUAAGGAGAAAUGCAAGGGAGAAGGUGAAAAGGAAAUCAUUGUUCCAGUUCUGAAUCAAAUGAAACUAGCAGAUAACAGAUUCAAAGCAAAGGGGGAGAGAACUGCUUUCUUUCGCAGUGUUUAAUUUACCUGUGGAACUUCUUGUAACAAGAUAGUGUGAAGACAAAAGCAUGUUUGUGGUUUGAAAAGGCAAGUAGACAAAUUCAUGGAAAAUAAAUCUAUUAAGGUAUAUUAAAUAUUAUAACCGAAAAACAAGCGGAAAGUUUCUAAGCCUUUUCAGGUGAUUGUUUAGGGAAGUCUUAUGAUGGGUUUUUCCAAUUCUUAGCUUGUCUGUCAGGUAUAAGCUGCUGACUACUUGUCACAAAGAAGAGGUGGGCCAUAGGCAGUCAUGUAGUCUGACUUUGUAUGAGUGUCUAAUUUGGUCAGUCGCAGAACAGCCUGCUAGAGCAGCCAAAGUAAAGCUGCCUUUCAUGACAGUGGCAUGUUCCACCCGAAUUCACUGUUGGUGGUGUUGGGUUCUCUAAAGAAAGUCUUAAUUGCUGACAUUUACCAAGAUUGUCCACAUCUCCACCUAGACAAGCUCUGUAUGUGCUGCAGAGGCUUUCAACAUGUUGAAGCUUUUACAAGUGCAUAAGAUCCACCUCUAGACCAACCAGUCACUUGUGAUUUUAGAGGAAAGUGGGUUGUAGUUUGGAAGUCAUCUAUAAUAUGAUAUGUGUGAAUGGUUAUUCACUUAAAUAUGGAAAAGAAAGUUACUUAUCAAUAACAGAAGCUCUUAUAUUAUCUUGUACGUGCACACAUUUGCUUCUUGCCACCUUUGUCUUCUAAAAUGCCUGAGUGCAGAGCACCUUCAGGGUGAAUGUGCACAACCACAGCACACCUUGUAAACAAUUACAGUACUUGGUAGCUUUUCUUCUGAUUUUAGAACCCAACUGCCCUUUCCAGAAAAUGAGAUCAAGUUUCUAUGCUGCUUUAGAGAUGAGUAGUUAAGAAACAGAAGCAGGUCAUCUCCUUCACCACGAAGGACAAACUCCCCUGAACAAAAGGUGACAAAUGAGGCACCAUGAGGAGUCUUCUCUGUCUGUUACCUUACCAAAAAAGGAUUUUAUUGGCAUUCAUUGAAAAUGAGUUUUCACUGCUGUUUCCAAUUUAAAGGAAAGAAUCACUGAUGACUGUGGACACCCUGGUGUGAAGUCUUUACCAGUGGUAUUCAGUGAAUCAUAAUCAUUCCCUAGGGAAAAUAGUAUACUUAACAGGGCCUCUUCUCUAAAAGUCUGUGCCUACAGUGGACACAGUGCACUUGAGAAAUUUUACAUUCUUUAUAAAGGGAUUGCUUCUUAUCUGACCUCUUAGUAAAACAAACAAACAAACAAACAAGAAGUCUUAAAGAACAAAUCUGAUGCAAUUAUUAAGAAUGUUGGGGAAGUUCACAAUCUAUUUUCAUCAUUUAUUUGGGACAGCUGCAGUGGUAUAAUCUCUAAAAGGAAUUUCAGCAUUGUAUGUGGCUUUUUGCCUAUGUGUUGUGAGUACUAUCAUGUUAAAAUUCAUGAGACAAUCUUUGAAAAGUUCAUUUACUACCAAGUCCAAAUGUUUGGCUGUCAUUGCUCUAUCAUUCCACAUAGGGAAAAACUACCUUUUUGUUCAUAUUGAAGAAGAAAAAUGAGAAGGGAUUUUUCCUUGCUAUUUCUAUUCAUUACUACUAAAGGUUCUCUUUGUAUUUUUUAAGAGUUUUUAUCUUACUUAUGUAAACUUCUGAAAAUUGCAUGCAUCAGAUAUGCCUGGUAUAUCUGUGAUGUCUGUGCCAUUCUUCAUGGUAUGCAGUUGGACAACUGUAUAUCUACUGGGAGGGCAAAUGAGACUGUGGCCAUCUCAUGAGUGACACUAAUUACAGUUCUUACACUUGCAGUUGCAUGAUUCUUUCCCUGUUUAAAUCAGGGAUGUUUUCCCUCUGGAAAUCAUAUUUUUUCCACCAUUUCUAGUUCUAGAAAUUCAAUGUGGAAUACAUUUUGUCUAUGAUAUCAGCUGGGAAUUUUUUUUCUUGUUCACAGAUGUUUUUUUCUUGUUCACUCAUGUCUCCAUGUGUCUGCUGAAAGUUCCUCCUGAAAAAUAGCUAAAAAUAAAGAUCGGUGACUCUUCUUGCCAAACUAUGGCUCUGCAAGUGUUCUUAGGUCUUCUGAAUGACUUGGGCAAAUGCAAGUGAUGUUGAUUAAAAAAAAAAAAAAAAAAAGGCAAAUUUAAGGAAUAUAGGCA